UUUCUAAUUCAAGUAUUACAUUCCUAAACUCCCGUUAUCCGCAGUAUCGUUUAGCCACGUUUUGAACGUAUAUUUUAGUUGUUGAGUGUGGUGGAAAAUGGUGAAAACCUUAUAAAUAAAGAAUAAUUUGAAGCAGUUAGUCACUAUCAGCAACCAUGUCAAGUAUGUCAGAUCGCAAGGCGGAGCUAGAGCGGAAGAAAGCCAAGCUCCAAGCUUUACGUGAAGACAAAGACCGUCGGCGUCGCGAGAAGGAGCAGAAAGAUGCUGAAGAAGCACUUCAAAGAGCCUCGGCAGCAUCCAGCAUAGACAGCCGACGAGACCUUGACGAGAUCCUAUCGUCACUCGGCGUAGCACCUGUCAAGGAUGUUUUAUCAUCGCUGUCUCUCACGCCACCGCAAACUGCUUCGCCAGAUACUAGUUUACCGCAUACCGAUAAAUCCAGUUUACCUUCUCAAGGAUCUGGCAAGAAAGCAACACCGCAACUGCAAGUAAUCACAGUGCAGUCAACGGACAUUCCUCCGAAGGAGAAUGUCGUGUACACCAAACAGACCCAGACCAGUACGUCUGGUGGUGUUAAUGAGCUGAGAGAUGGAUACAUGGAGGACUGGUGGCGGCCCCGCAAAGCACACGCAACCGAUUACUACGAUGAAUACAAUCUAAAUCCGGGUUUAGAGUGGGAGGACGAGUUUACAGGCGAUGAGGAGGAUGCGGCGUUCCAUGGCAAGCUACCACCGGGGAUCCUGCCGCACGGCCUGCCUACCGUCAAGGAGGUGCAGCCUGCUGUCAUUGCUGCGCCGGUCGAGAAGAAGGAAGAAGAGAAAGAGAAGGUCCGCGAGCUUAGCGCCGACGAGAAGCAGACCAUCAUGCUAUCAGCGCAGUUCCAGAGCUUCGUGAGCCGCGCAGGACGCAUCAUCGAGCGGGCGCUAGCAGAAUCUGUCGACAUCUACACGGAUUACACUGGUGGCGGUGAUAGCGAGAAUGCCACAGACGACAAAUCGGACGCUCGUUUGUCCCUGGUCCGCACAUUCUACGACGAGCGCUGGUCCCGUGGCCGCUGCGUCACCUGUCUGGAUUGGUCUUCAGCCCACCCUGAACUCCUCCUGGCUUCGUACCACAACAGCGAUGAUGCUCCUCACGAUCCCGACGGAGUCUGCCUCGUGUGGAACACCAAGUUCAAGAAGACCACUCCAGAGGAUAUUUUCCAUUGUCAAUCGCCGGUUAUGAGUGCUACUUUUGCUAGGUUCCACCCGAACCUGAUCCUGGGCGGGACGUACUCCGGCCAAAUCGUGCUGUGGGACAAUCGCGUGCAGAAACGAACGCCUAUACAGCGGACUCCGUUGUCUUCUCUCGCUCACACGGUACCUUUGACUGCCAUCUACUCAUACAUUUACAAAACCUUCGGUUUCCCCAAAGAGGUACCCGAAACGCAGCCAAUGUAG